UUUUUCUUUUUUUCUUUUUUUCUUUUUUUCUUUUUUUUUUUUUUUUUUUUUUUUUUGGCUUAAAUUUUUUUUUAUUAAAUUUAUGUUAAAUAUUAGCCUACCCUAUUGAGAAAGUAUCAAGUGCUUGACAAUAACCCUAAUACAAACUGUGAAGCAUAGAUUUACCUACAAAGCAUUGUUUCUCCAUAUGAAGUACCAUAGACUUUAUAAUGUACUAGAAAAUAUUUUUCAUUCUGGCACAUUUAAUAUAUAUAUAUGUAUUGGAACAAAGUCAAUAACAUAAACCACUGUCCACUGAGUUAGUAACACAGUGCCUUUGUUUAUAUAUUUAUAAGUCUUGGAAUACAUAUUAUUUUUAUACAUGCAAUUAAUAUUUGUUUUUUUUGGUAAUGAUGCACCAUGUAAAAAAAGUGGUUUUAUAGGAUUGUUGACGGUAUCCAUUGUUAUGUGUGAUUACAGUGAGACAAGCUUUCCAUCAGUCCAGAGUUGUGGUCAGCAUCCCCUUCUGUUUCAUGGGUUAGGCUUAGUCUGGUUCAAAAGAAAAUCCCCAAACACAACUUUGUGGUAGGGGUGACCCUUAAAAACAAGCUAGCUAGCUACCCACCCUUGACAGCCCCUCCAUUUCAUUCCUUCACUAUCCUAAUUGUUGUUUUCUCUUUAUAAUCAAUAUAACUUUUUAUAUUUAUUAUUUUGUUUAAAAUAAGUUACGUUUUUUUUUUUUUUUUUUUAAUUUUUUUUUUUUUAAUAUCUAUUAUUAUUUAGUAGUGUCCAUUAUCAACAAAAUUCCUUGGUCCAUCACUGGUUGAAUGGCCUAUUGAUCAAAUUGUUGCUAAUGUUUGUGGGAAUUGUUCUUGUUGAUCUGCUUCGUAUGUUCUAUAUGUUCUUUUGUAGACUUUAUCUCAUUGUUGCUGUUAUACUUUCUAAUUAUUUUGUUGACUGUAUACAUGGAUUAAAUGCCAGGUUUGCAAAGGCUACGGUUCUACAUAUAUUUAAUUAGUAAAUGCAAUUCUACUUAUGUGACCGGAUAUAAUUGAUUGAUGACACCGAUAACAUAGUAUCACCAGUGGUCUCAUUAGUUCCUCCAACAACCAUUGACAGAGCAAGCUUAUAUAAGAACCACCAUGUCUCAUUCAGCCAACCACAUUUGAUUGCGUGUUGUGGUGAAUACUUCAGCAAAAGCAAAGAGGGAAGGCUCAACUAAGAUGGUUUCCUUUUAACUAAAAAAAAAAAAAAAAAACUAAGAUGGCUUCCGCAAAGGAAAGUCAGCAAGGUUAGGUAGCCUUUAGGUCAACAAAAUGGUUAACCAAAAUUCAGAAAUUCCCAUGGAGAAUAAGGAAUACCUAACAACUAGACAAAGGAGGUCGUAUCAGCUAAUGGAUGAAUGGCUAAAAUGCUUCCAACAUAAUCAGCUAAUGUUGUCAUUGCCUCUUCCUUUAAUUUUCUAUGGACUCGGCUCGUUAUGGGACCAUUAUACAAGAAGUUGUUGAGAAACAUUUAAAACUCUCCUCUUCUUAGUAAGAGUGUGUACACUAUGAGGGUGCACACUGUUCUGAUUGAGUCGUUGUUCCACUUUCAUAUAUCAAAGAUUGAUCAUCUUGUUAGAAAUCAAAGAAACAGUCCUUCCACUUUCAGAAAUGAGUUCAGCACCAUCGCGCUCACUUCACAUGCUAAUCACAUUUCUAUUGUUCAUUACCUUGCUCCAUGUUACAACUCUCCAUGCUGCAACCGCCACUAGUACCAAUGGUGGAAACAAUACUGAUCAUCUUGCAUUGCUAGCUUUCAAGUCCAUGAUUAUUAAUGACCCUCAAUGGGUCUUGAGCUCCUGGAAUAAUGAGUCCUUCCAUUUCUGCGAGUGGGAAGGUGUUAAAUGUGGUCACCGGCACAGAAGAGUCACUAUUUUGGAUCUUGGGUCCAAAGGCUUAGUGGGCUCUCUGUCUCCUCAUAUCGGAAACAUGAGCUUCCUUCGGAUGCUAAGGCUCGACAACAACACCCUUCAAGGUGAGAUCCCUCCUCAACUUAGUCAAUUAUUCAGGCUGCAGAGAUUGAAUUUGAGCUCUAACCACUUUGAAGGAGAAAUUCCAGCCAACCUAUCCCAUUGCUCCGACCUGACACACCUUCUUGUAGGUAACAAUAAGUUGGUUGGGAAAUUUCCAAAAGAGCUUGCUUUCUUGAACAAGAUCAAAAGUCUUGCCAUUUACAAGAACUAUUUAACAGGAGGCAUCCCUCUUUCCAUUGGGAAUCUUACGUCCCUAGAAAGUGUAUCUGCUGCUAGAAAUAAUUUUGGAGGAAGUCUUCCCGAUAUCUUGGGUCAGUUGAAAAACCUAAGACAAUUCGGAUUUGGUGGCAAUAAACUCUCCGGUACAAUACCUCCUUCCAUUUAUAAUCUCUCCAUGCUUACUAUUCUGUCUUUGGCUGGGAAUGAACUUAGCGGUAGUCUUCCACCAAGUUUGGGUAUAAUGCUCCCUCAUCUUAACUGGCUUCAAUUAUGGGGUAACCAAUUUACUGGACUCCUUCCAUUCUCAAUAUCCAAUUGUUCAGCAUUAGAAAACCUUCAAAUGGAACGAAAUUAUUUCAAUGGGAAAAUACCAUUUAAUUUUGGAGGUCUUCCCAAUCUUGUGACAGUUAGACUGCAAUACAAUAAUUUAGGAAGUGGAGAACCAGAUGAAAUGAGCUUCAUUAGUUCUAUGGCCAACUGUAGCAAUUUGAAAGUAUUUAGUCUAAAUGUUAACCAGCUGAGAGGGUUGUUGCCGAAUUCUGUGGGUAAUCUCUCAAACCAACUUGUUUCUCUAACGCUUGGUGGAAAUCUCUUCUAUGGAAAACUCCCUUCAACAAUUGGUAAUCUUGUCAACCUAACUAUGUUAGGCCUAGAAAAUAAUCAAUUUGUGGGCACAAUUCCUGCCAGCAUUGGCAAUCUACAAAAUUUACAACAGUUAGGUCUCGAUAGAAACAAUUUCUUUGGGAGAAUUCCAGAUUCUUUGGGAAACCUUUCAUUGUUGAUUGAGCUUUUCUUGGCGUCAAAUAGAUUAGAGGGCAACAUACCCCCAAGUCUUGGAAGAUGCACGAAGUUAUUGUCGCUAAAUCUUUCUCACAAUAAUCUCAAUGGCACCAUACCUGAAGAGAUUUUUGGAGUUUCAGCACUAUCAAUUGCACUAGAUCUUGGCCAUAAUCAUUUUUCUGGAUCCCUCCCUUCAGAGGUUGGCAACCUUAAAAAUUUACGUGAACUGGUUAUAUCCGAGAAUAAGUUUUCUGGUGAACUUCCCAGUAGCCUUGGUAGCUGCAGUAGCCUGGAAAACCUCUACCUGGACAAGAACUUCUUCAAUGGAUCUAUUCCUAGAUCAUUGAGUUCCUUGAGAGGAAUUCAGGAUUUUGAUCUCUCUCAGAACAAUUUCUCCGGACAAGUUCCUAGAUUCUUGGAGAAUUUUUCCCUGAAGAAUCUUAAUAUGUCAUUUAACGAUUUUGAGGGUGAGGUACCAAUGGAAGGAGUUUUCAAAAAUGCUAGUGCAAUAUCAGUUGCUGGGAAUAGUAGGCUUUGUGGAGGCAUACCUGACCUUCAACUACCCAAAUGCAGCUUCAAAGAAUCAAAGAAAGGAAGAAAAAGGUUUCUUGUAGUCAUAAUAGUAGUCUCGGUAGUGUGCUCGGUACUAGGUCUGUCUAUGGUGGUGAGUUUUUUGUUUUGUAAGAAGAAAAGAAAGGGUCAACAUUCCGGGUCAUCUACGAAGGAAGUAUUCUUGAAAGUGUCUUAUGAAAGGCUCCUCAAAGCAACUGAUGGGUUUUCUGCAGCCAAUUUGAUUGGUGUGGGGAGUUAUGGCUCUGUCUAUAAAGGAAUGCUUGAUGAAGAUGAAACAUCUGUUGUUGCGGUCAAAGUAUUAAACCUCCAACGUCGAGGAGCUUCCAAAAGUUUCAUGACAGAGUGCGAAGCCUUGAGAAAUAUUCGACAUAGGAAUUUGUUAAAGGUCAUAACUUCUUGCUCAAGUGUUGAUUUUCAUGGUAAUGAUUUCAAGGCUCUAGUUUACGAGUUCAUGUCCAAUGGAAGUCUAGAGAAGUGGUUGAAAUCUGAUCCAGAAACAGAAACUGGACAGAAUGAGAUUCGGAGCCUAAAUCUGCUUCAAAGAAUAAACAUUGCAAUUGAUGUGGCUAGUGCACUAGAAUAUCUCCACAAUCACUGUGAAACGCCAAUCGUUCAUUGUGACUUAAAGCCAAGUAAUGUGCUCCUUGAUGGUGACAUGGUUGCUCAUGUAGGAGAUUUUGGGGUAGCAAUGUUUAUCCAACAACUUUCAGAUCCAAAGCAAAGCAAUUCAAUUGCAAUAAGAGGAACUGUUGGCUAUGUGGCUCCAGAGUAUGGUCUCGGAAGCCAAGUGUCAACAAAAGGAGAUGUAUAUAGUUACGGAGUCUUGGUAUUGGAGAUGAUGACCGGAAAGAGGCCUACUGACGGUAUGUUCGUGGAAGGCCUUAAUCUUCAUAGCUUUGCAAAGAUGGCCUUGCCUGAUUGUGUUAUAGAGAUUGCACAUCCGAUGCUUAUGAACAUUGAUGAAGAAGAGAAAGCAGUUGUGCCCAAUAAAAUUAGGUUACCGAUAAAAUCAAAAAAUGAUAUCCAGAAAGAGUGUGUCAUAUCUAUGAUCAAGAUUGGAGUUGCAUGCUCUAUGGAAGCACCGCAAGAUCGAAUGGAUAUAAGUAAUGCCGUUCAUGAGCUGAAUCUUGUGAGGGACAUUCUUCAAGGCAAUUGAACAGGUCAUAAUGAGGAGCGAUUGAAAGGCGAAAGUGCUAAAACUUGUAUGCCUUUUUACCACUGUUUGAAACCCUUAGAAGUCUUCUUUGUUUAAAGCAUGUAUUGUAAUGUAGAGAAUUUUGGUUUCACCGAAUGAGAUCAAUAUUUUUUUGUAAUGACACCAUGAAGUGUUUCUUAUCGAGUAAACAACUCCAUCACAUUAGCAUCUUAUUUAUGUAAAAUAAAAUAAAUAAGAUUACACAGAAA